UCACGGCCUGGCCUGGAUGCCCUCGUCCAGCUGGGGCCGGACGGGAACACCUGCAUGCCGCUCCCCAGCCUAAGCAGGGAUCCGCGACAUGGAGGGGAACCGAAUGCUGCGUGGCUGUCCUGAAGAGAAGAACCGUCCCACUUCCAGAAAAGGGACAGCUGAAGGUGAUUUGAAGGCAUUUUGGACACAACUGGAAAGUAGAAGAGUGGAUCUCAUAUUUGAGCAGGUGCAAGAAGUAUUGCUGCUGCUAAAGGAGAAGAUCAAGAAUGGAACUGCCACAAAUCAAGAAUGCCAGCAGGCUUGGACACUGGUAAACGAAGCUGAUCUGGGUGAUCUUUUAACGUUGACAAAUGUAAAUGAUGUUCUUGAUGAAGGGGAUACAAAGGAACCCAAACCUAAAUCACAGCAUCCUGUUAGAGAUGACAACAGUGGAAAUUCUGUAGAGGGUUCGCACAGCAAAAAGGAGAAGAUUGAAAAAUCAGACUCAGGGAGUGAGGAAACAUCGAGUGAAAUUCAACGUGUACCUUUGAAUCGCCGGUAUCGGAUCCACAAGUGCUCCAGUGCAUGUCUCUCCAACAGAGCAGUGAGCUCCUACAGGGGUGAAAAUCCUCUGAAGAUACCAAUACUGUUUCACUUUCAGAGACGCCAUGCGAAAGCAGACUGCCUUUCAAAGUCACUGGAUGUGCAUUACAAAGCUCCCUGUGGCAGAAGUCUGAGGAGUUUUCAAGAUGUUCAGAAUUAUUUGUUUGAGACAAAAUGUGAUUUCUUAUUUAUUGAUCACUUCUCUUUCAACACAUACGUCCUGUUGGGCAGGAACAUUGUAAAUCCAGAACCCCUCGUGUUUGAUCUUGAUAUUAGCAAUGGAGCUGAAUCUGUGCCUAUUUCCUUCUCUAAUGACAUUGAUCGUGCCAGGUUACCUUAUUUCAAAUACCGGAGGGCAUCGUGGCCUCGUGGAUAUUAUCUCAACAAUUUAUCCAGCAUGUUUCUUGAUUCAUGUGACUGCACGGAUGGCUGCAUUGAUAGGUCCAAGUGUGCAUGUCUGCAGCUAACUGCAAGAGGCUGCCGUACUAAAGUUUCUCUGUCUCCUAAUACUAAAACAUCUCGUGGAUACAGUUACAAAAGACUGGAAGGGCCUGUUCCUAGUGGAAUUUAUGAGUGUAGCGUGUCGUGCAGAUGUGACAAGAUGAUGUGUCAGAACAGAGUUGUGCAGCAUGGCAUUCAAGUUCGGUUGCAAGUGUUCAACACAGAGAAGAAGGGUUGGGGCGUCCGCUGCCUGGAUGAUAUCGACAAGGGGACGUUUGUUUGUACUUACUCAGGCAGGUUAAUGAGCAGAGCUGAAGUUCAGGAGUUGGGAGGUGCUGAUCAAGACUCAAAAGAGGAGAGCACUGUGAAUAACAGAGAGCAAAGCUUUCUUUCCAAAAAAAGAAAACUGGACUCUAGCUGUUCAGACUCCGAGAUUGAACUCGUGCACACUGGCAGAGAUGAUAUUCUUGAGCAGCAGGAGCCACCUUGUGACAAUGAAAGUGAAUCAGCUCUAAUUCAUCCAAGGAAUUUGAAUACUGCAGCUGUGAGAAGGCUUGGAACUAGAAUAGCUGUUGUGGAUAAUCACCAGCUAAAAAUGGAGGUUGAUACUCUGGUGCACAGUGCCAGCUCAGAUGAAGAUAAUGUUUCUCAGCCUCAGCAUUCAAGCAAAACAGAACUGACCAGUGGAACAAACAAAGAAAAAGAAAGAUCCAUCCAGAAGCAGAAGGAAGAAGAUCUGGUGGAAGUUGGACAGACGGAGCCUGCAGAAAUGGGCAGUGCAGAAUGCAAAAGGAAGAGUCUGUCUCUGAAGGCUGUUGCCUGUGGCAGAUUGGAUGUGCUGAAUGAUAAAUGCGUUGUGAAGCCAUCCACACCACAGAAAGCUAACUGCAAAGAGGAAGCUCACAGACAGUCAAAACAAGGCAUAUUUUGUGUGGAUGCAGACGGUGACAGGACGUUUCUGAAGAAUGCUAAUGAUGAAAAUAUCUAUGUACUAGAUGCCACAAAAGAAGGAAAUGUGGGUCGUUUUCUUAAUCACAGCUGCUGCCCCAAUCUCUUUGCACAGAGUGUGUUUGUGGAGACUCACAACAGAAGUUUCCCAUGGGUUGCUUUCUUCACAAACAGGCAUGUGAAAGCUGGAACUGAACUCACGUGGGAUUAUGGAUAUGAAGUUGGAAGUAUGCCAGAGACAGAGAUUUCCUGUUGGUGUGGAGUUCAGAAAUGCAGGAAGAAAACCUUACCGGCGGUUCGGGUUCGAGCCCCGAGCGGGAUUCGAACCCCCGACCCCAGCUCUACCGCACCUAAAGGCGCGGGGAUGGGCCGAGAGCCGCUCCUUUACCACGCGACCCUCCCGCCUCCAAUCCCCGCCCGCUUCCGUACAGCAGCCAAUCGGCCGCUCGAAGCCCCAUCCCGUCGCCCCGGGCUGUUACUGAGCAUGCUUCGCUGUGCGCCGGAUCCCGCCCGCUUCUGCGCGCUCCUCCCCCGCGUGGAAUCGCGGCGCCGUGCAGGCCGGGCCCGGGAGUGGCGGUGGACGGGAGCGGGCGGCCCGCGCCAUUCUGUGAUUUCCCACAAAGAACGGUGGAGAAAGAGCCUUCAGCUCCUGGAGAUGACGUUCACCUUAGGUUCUGAGGUAGCAAAGGUGAAAGUCAUCUCUCAAAAGCCACAAAAGAAGUUUGCGACGAGUUGUUUUGCUAUGAAAUCAAGGCUGGGACUGCAGCCUCCAACUUCAGCGUCUUGCCAAAUUCCCAGGGCACCCAGAGACACCUCAUCCAACUGGGAGGACCAGGGCCUAUGCAUCUGCAGCGAUUUCAGAGCUCAGGGCUGUCGGCGGCGACGUCUCAGACAUUUGGUGCAUCUCACCUCAUGGGAGUGGGAAACUGAAGAUUUCUGCUGUGGACUUGAAGGGAAAACCACGAAUCUUCCUGUUCCAGGUGCUCUCCAGACGAUGGCCAAAAUGGUGAGAAGGACGUGUGCCUUCUGUUCGGAAGGGGAGGCUGCUUCUAUAAUGUACGUUGCCAAAGAGCAAAAUAUUGCAGCUCAUCAGAGUUGUUUGUUAUUUUCCUCUGGAUUUGUGGAAUCUGAAGAGUAUAACCCAGAAAAUCUAGAUUUAAGGUUUGAUGUGGAAUCCGUGCUGAAUGAAUUCAAGAGAGGAAAGCGACUGGUGUGCAAUUUCUGUCGCAAGAAAGGAGCCACAGUGGGAUGUGAGGAGAGAGCCUGCCGCAGGAGCUACCACUACUUCUGUGCCUUGUGUGAUGAUGCAGCCACAGAAACAGAUGAAGUAAAUGGAGUCUACCGAGUGUUCUGCUCAAAACAUGACCCAGGCAACAGGACCAAUCACUACGAUGCAGCUAAUAAGAGGAAAAGACAUGCAUUGAAAUCUUCCACCACCACGGAACAAAUGAGGGCAGAAGAGACGGCAGAAGAAAACCGAUUACGGAUAUUAAGAAGGAAAAGCAGCAGACACAAAGUCCGAAUCGACUUUCUCAGGAAAUGCAAACAAGCAGGGCUUCUGGAUGACAUAUUUGAAGAAAUGUUGGACACCCUUCACUUGGCACAGGAAAAGCUGAUGGAUGACAACACUUCAGAGACAGAGUAUGAGGAGACGGUAAUAUCGCUCUUUGACUGUGGACUGUUUGAGAACAUACUGACAAAUAUUCAUUCAGGGACUGAGGAAAAAAUUCAAGAACUGCUGGAAAGCAGGAAAAGACUGGAUAACCAGAUUGAGCUACUGCAGGAGUUAAAAGAAGUUUCCCUGCCCUCCCAAGAGAGUACUGCCAGUACAUCCAGUACACUGUCUGAGUAACCCCACAGCUGUCAGUCAUGGUGUCAGUACUCCACGUUUUCUGAUGAUAGGAACCAUAUAGAGCACAUCUGGUCAGUGUGUGACUUCCUUUCCCCCAGGUCAGGGCCACAAGCAAAGACUGGAUGUUUUUACUCAUUUUUUUACCUCACUGUUGCAGUAACUUGAAGUUGUUACUCUUUAAAUUUUACUGUGGAUAAUUGUAUUACACUUCAGCUGUAGUUUUUUAAAGCUGAAUAAAACCCUCCCCAAGGACUUUUUCCUUCAAAGACAAAGGACUAUCAUCAGCUGCCACUGAAAGCUUUUUCAAGUCACUUUAAUUGCAGCAGCCUCUCCUGCCUG